AUGGAGGGUUCCCUAGCCCUGGAGCGCGUCGACGCGGUUAGAGUGUGGAGGGGUGGAAUGCAGCGUCCGAGGGGGUCUGGGAAGAAUCCUGAGCGGAUCAUCACACUCGGCUUGAGGAGAUGGUCAUCGCCUAUCAUCAGGAAUGUCCCAAUCGAGGAGCAGUUGGUGCUAGGGAUGCUCAUUGGAGGGUUGUUAGUAUCCCUCUGGUCCCUGAGAAUGGAAGAUUUGAUCCUCAUCUUCCAAGAAUCCAGUGUUAUUCUCCGUGCAUGGAAGGGUUGA